AUGUCUUCCCAAGUGCAGCGACUUCUUGAAGCCGAGCAAGAGGCAGCCAAGAUCGUCCAGGACGCCAGGCAAUAUCGUACCCAGAAACUCAAAGACGCACGUACCGAAGCCGCCAAAGAAAUCGAGGCCUACAAGAAACAGAAGGAAGAGGAAUUCAAAUCGCUAGAGGGACAGAGAGCCGGAAACACCUCGAACGCCCAAGACGCAGUCGACAAGGAUACCGAAGCCAAGAUCGCGGCCAUCAACGACGCCUACGCGAAACAAAAGGACGGUGUCGUGCAGAAGCUCUUGGAUCGCGUCGUGCUCGUCAAGCCCGAGCUGCAUCGCAAUUUGACCAAGCUGGAGGCGUGA